AUGGGAAAUGACAGGUGCUGUGUUGGCCCUUGUGAUAAUGAUAGGAGGUACCCUGACAGGAACAUAAUUUUUAGUCAUGUUUCACAUUUGCAAUGGCAUCGUUUCCCUGCAAAUGAAUUGAAACGAAAAGUGUGGAUAAAAUGUGUUGAAAGAGGAAGAGCAAACUUUUGUCCUGGCAGUGAAACAACCGUCUGCUCCAACCAUUUUAUAGAUGGAAAACCAACAACUCGCAACCCCUUUCCAACGAUGUACAUGACACUUGCAGAUAUGAGAAAAGCCAACAGUCAAGAUCAACCUGCAUCUGUGAAAAGAAAGAGUCCAAGGAAAAGAUGUGCUGCAACUGAUACUGAUAAGCAGUCAAUGGUUAAAAAGAAUGUUGCUGAAGAUGACAAUGAUGCUUCUACCCCUACUGUGCAUGUUUCCAUGAAAUUUGAAUUUUUAACAAGAGAAGCUGAUGUCAGAUUUUAUACAGGAUUUCAUUCCUGUGAAACCUUCAAAGUGAUCUUCGACCAUGUGGCCCCAAAAGCACAUGUUAUGCUGUACUGGGAGGGACCAAAGAACUCAAACAUUGAUACACCAACAACAGGAUAUAAGCAUCGCAUUGACACAGUCUUAUUGGGAGCGAAUUUGCCAAAAAUAAUUCCACCAAUCAAUAGGAAAGGUCCAGCAAGGAAGUUAUCAUUAGAACAGGAGUUUCUAAUGACAAUGGUUCGCUUGCGACUAGGCCUAUUUCACGAAGAUCUGGCCUGGAGAUUCUGUGUUUCCUCUUCAAGAGUGACUCAGAUCAUAGCAACAUGGAUAAAGCUUUUGUCCAAAGAAUUAAGCUGCCUGAUUAUUUGGCCUUCUAAAGGUCAAAUUCAUGCAACUAUGCCAGAUUCUUUUAAAAGAUUGUAUCCAAAAACGCGAGGAAUCAUUGAUUGUACCGAGAUUUUUGUUGAAACACCAAGUUCAUUAGAGGUGCAAGCACUGCUUUGGAGUGAGUACAAGCAUCAUACAACAUUCAAAGUUUUGGUAUGCAUAACACCAAAUGGGGCAAUUUCGUGGAUUUCCCCUGCAUAUGGUGGAAGAGCAUCAGACAAAUUUAUUGUCAAUGAUAGUGGGUUUUUGGACUUACUGGAGCCCUUUGAUUGUGUUAUGGCAGAUAGGGGUUUCAAAAUAAAGGAACUUUUACUGAUGAAACGUUGCACUCUUGCCAUUCCACCUACAGCUGCCAAAGGAAAUCAAAUGACAGAACAGGAUAUCAAAGAAACAAAACAUAUUGCAAAUGUAAGAAUAUAUGUUGAACAGGCCAUAAAAAGGAUCAAAGACUUCAAUAUUCUGAAUGUAUGUUUGCCACUGACAGAACUUCCAUUAUUUAAUGACUAUAUUAUAUGUUGCUGUGCAUUUGUUAAUCUUUUAAAGCCACUUUGUGAAUAA